AUGUUGGCAAUGAUUCGAGAUGGAAUUCGGCUAGAAAGCCUUGCGUGUGCUGUCUUGUUGGGAUCGUGGGCAAAGACUGCAGAAGUUGCACGGGUGGAGGCCUGGAUGGGAAGAAUCCGUACGGCUGAGGUAGGCCUUGAUUCAAUCGCAUACACGGCGCUCAUCUCGGCUUCUUCUUCAGCAGGUGACGCUGAGAGGGCAGAAGCUGUGCUGGACGAACUCCGCGCCCUGGGACUGGCUGUCAAUGUGGUCUCCCACACAGCAGUGGUUCAGGCCCAUCUGAAGUCGCGCCAUCCAGAACGCCUGACCCGUGCGCAGAGAGCUGUCGAGCGCAUGCUGGAGGCCGCGGAGGCCCAGCCCAAUGCACUCACUUUUGGACUACUCAUUGGGGGCUUUGCUUCUGAAGGUCAUGUUGCAGAGGCAGAGGACUGGUACGCAAGGAUGAGGUGCAGCCUGCGGGACGUGGACCUUGUGGCACACAAUGCGGUCAUCAACGCAUCGGCACGAGCUGGCGAUUUGGUUCGGGCCAGACUUUGGUGGGAGCGCCUGAUGCUUGCUGAUCUCCAGCCAGAUGCGACGAGCCACAACACCGUGCUUGAGGCUGCAACCCGGGCUGCUCCCGAGGAGGGGGAGAGCUUCUUUGCAGACCUGAGCGCUGCUGGUUUCCAUGGAAUGGUUUGGCCAACUGAAGUAACCUUUGCCAUCCUGAUGCGCCCUUCAGCGGAGAGGGGCGAUCUGGAGAACGUGGACCGGCUGUGGCAGCAGAUGCUGUCCUUUGGUGUUCGACCGCAGGCUUGCAACUUGUGGGCUGUUCUUUCCGCCUGCGCCAACUCCAAGCCGCCACUUCCAGACACUGCUGUGCAGCGAUAUCAGGACUGGGUGCGGCAGGGCGGCAGCACCGACCGUCACGUGGUCUCAGCACUUCGCUCUGCCCUUUCAACUGAGAAAAGAGAGGUGUACCCCGCUUGCUUUUUACCGGUUCUCCAGAGUGUCUUUUUGCUAGCAUGCAGCGCGUCAUGUCACUACAGCCUCCGAGAAAUUGCGCAGCACUUUGCAAGACAUGGGGAUGCCUUGACAUCGGGACAGAUGAGUCCGCAUGAAAAGCCGAAGCGUUGA